AUGAGACGUGGUCUCAUUCCGUGGCUCAUUCUGGGCCUUGUCGCCAUUUCGUUCGCUGUUGAGAUUAAAACAGAAGCGGAUCUCGAGUCAUUCGUUGAUGGUGGAGAAGAUGAAGUGAUCGAUCCGGAAGCUGAGGAGAUUCGAGCGGCAAGACAGAUCUCUCGCACGUUUGUUAGACGACGACAAAGAGCGCGAGCUACUCAUGAGAAUCCAUCCUCUCCGCCGAUCGCAAGAAAUCCGACAUUUGAUCGACGAUUCGAGAAUCUCAAUCGACCGAUGAGACAAUUUCGGAUGAGAAGACCUCCGCCUCUUCCUCAACGUCCAAUGUUCUUCCGUCGUCGUUUUCCCCGUCCACUCCUUCGACCACCACAACCACCGCAAAUCUCACCAAUCUCUCCGCCAAGAGUCCGACAACCGCAGCCUCCCCAAACACCGCCACAAAUCGUCCGACCCGAGGCUCGGAUACCUCAAGCUCCACAGGGAGGAUCUCAAACCCAGCCUCCUCAGCCUCCUCAACCCCCACUGAUCCCUCCACUGAUCCCUCCACGCUCUCAACCCCAAUUCCCCAGGCUCCAGCAUCGACGACCGAUGCGACCAACGACAGCAACGAUGAACACUUCGAGACAAAGCUUAUCCCCAUCAAUUCCCACCGCACCACCGACUUUUGCUUUGCCAAGUCAACCGACAAUUGCACCAACAACAACGGCAAGAAGGCUACCGGAAACUCUUCCGCAAAAGCCACAAGAUGAUUCGUUUGAUGCGAAUGGCCGACGAACAUUCACCCGUUUACGCCCACAAGCAGCUCGACGAUUCAAUGUGCCGAAUCGUUUGACUCGACCCCCACCGGCAUCUCCACCACGAAUCUCCAUCAUCCCAUCAACCCAAUUCCCCACCAGUCAGACAACAACAAAGACGUUCAUACAACCGUCAACUUCAUCUGUGAUUUCCACACAUUUCACAAAUCCAACUACGACAAUCAAUCGAGCGCCAAGCACUUUCUCAAGUCCACCAACGUCAAUAACAACAAGACUCACAAAUCCUUCACUCCCAUCGACGACAACCACACAAUUCCAAGCAAGAACUCAAACUCAAACUCAAACGAGUCUCACACCGUCUACCGCUCUAUUUACAACGCGAGGCCCCGCACCCCCAGCCCCACAAAGCACAACAUUGACCAGCCGUCCCUCAUUCGGCACAUCGAUGCCAUCUCCUCCAUCUCCUCCACCGCCUCCUCCCCGUCCUCCCCUCCUUUCCCCGCCAUCCACAAAUGGAUUCAAUGCUAAUUCGAUUGACGAACCCGUUCCACCAGCUCGUCAACCCGGUCUACAGAUCACGAGCUUCCCAACGGUGCCCGGCUCUCCAGCGGCACUACCGCCAGAUGACGUUGUGGUGAAUGCCUUAAAUGUGGCCGAGGAUUUCAUGGCCGUCGCCAGAAGGUUCAACUUGCGACGAGCGAUGCGCAGGAAGCGAAUGGCCGAGUGGCAACGCGCUUCGCUGCCAAUCGAG